UCAAAAACAGCACGAGAGUUUUGUCUUUAUGCGUCUUUACUCUUUGACGCCUCUUUACAAACCUGUGGGGUGACGUCUCGGAGACUACGCUCAUAUCUAAUACAGUCUGUGGUUAUGGCAGAGGUGUGUUGGAGAAGACCAGUCUCUAAUGUAUCCAUGGGUCAGACCCACCAAUCAGCCCUUUUCAACAUGUCCGCCGCCGAACAACCGCGACAGCCGAAAUGCACCCGGUGCCGACACCAUGGGAUCAUCGUCCCUCAGAAAGGCCACAUUAAGCUCUGUCCUUUUCUCAAAUGUGACUGCUGGAAGUGCUAUCUCAUCACCCAGCGGACCCGGAUCACGGCCCUGCAGCGACACCUGAAGAAAGCCCCAAAUAACCCCCAAUACCAGGAGCAACGACUGGGCGUCCACACCACUGCUGUCGGGGCGGUGCAACCAGCGGCUGAGGGGACCUGUAGCUCACUGACCCCAGGUGAAGACGCUGGUGUACCGGCCACAUGUGGCGUCCAGUGUCCCCCGACGGAUGGAGCCCCGGUGCGUCGUCACGACAGCCGGAGCAGACCUGCCGCGGAGGGAGAGGAGUCGGCCGGGUUGGACAGCGGGAAGGUGGAGCCCGUCGCUUCCAGUGAAGAAGGGCCCUUCACACGUUUUAGUGCCCCUUACUUUGGUGAAUAUAGCCAGACUGCACUUCUCCCUGUUAUUCACGUCCCAUGGAUGUCAGGUUACCCCAGCAGCUACGCACCGUGUCCAAACCUCCUGCUCAACAUGCCCUGGUUUCCCCCCAUUCCUGCUGGACUUUACAACGACGGCCUCCACGGGCCCCUGAUGUUCCCCCACUUCCAGUCUGCUGCUGUGCAUUACCCGCCUCCACUGGAGUCUGGACCUGCUACUGAUUGCAGACCGGUGUUCUUCACCCUCCGACCACCCCCGCUCCCAGAGCCCCCCCAGGAGGAGCUGAUGACAUUGAAGCACCCACAGUCUCCUCUGUCAGAACACACUGAGCCAGAUGCAGAAGAGCUGGAUUAAAGCACAGCGAGCAAGUUCAUAGGAGGAGUACAUUUUUAAGAACUGAGCUAUUUCCUCCAGGUUUCUUUUUGCAGUUUGUUGGCGAACCUGUUUGUUUUCCCCUGCUGUUUUGUACCAAACAACGCAAUUAUUGACAACAGUCCUGUUCACAUUGCCGGCAUGAAUGUUUCUGCACACUGUUUGGUUGUAAUAUAUUGAUAUAAGAUAAGGCUGUGGCAUUGUUGAUUAAAAGAAGCCAGGUCCAUGACAGUAAUUAUUUUGUAUGUCUGUCUAGUUUUAGAAUUGAUAAUACACUUUUUUACAUUAAAAAAAAAUGAAAGAUCUUUUCAUAUACACCUUUCAUGCAGGGCAGCAAGAGAGUGACCCAAAUGCAGACAGCAGAGCAGACAGUUCAGGGAUUUAAACACAGGGUGAAGGUGAACUAGCUUACCAGAGACGAUCCAAAACCAGGAGGGCAGUUCAAAGAAGGCAAACUUCUCCAAAGGGGCGUUAGACAGAUAGACAUUUUUCAAGUUGUCAAGUUACUUUUAGGUAACAGGGACAGGUUGUCAGAAAGAAAAUGAUGGCAAAGCAACUUUGCAGAUGUGGCAUGGAAUGAGUGGAAAUGUCCAGACUGCAGGGCUAGCGAGGGAAAGUGGAAACAGCUGAGCAGAUGGAUAAGUCUGAGGGCAUCUGGUGGA